GCCCAGCCCGGCUUCACCUGGGCCCCUCCCGGGCCUGGACAAGGUUGGGGGGAUGGUGAGGAGCCAGGAGGAAAGAGGAUGGACCAGGAGGAAGAGGCAGAUGCUCCCCGCCCGAGUGCUCCCACCUCAGUAAGCAGGGAGGAGCCCUGCAGAGACCCUUUCUCCUUUCUCUCCAGCACCUGGGGGUGGGGUUGACCUGUGGGUGCCCUGGGGGGAUUCUGCAGGAGGAGACCCUGUUCCUGGAGUGCUCCUGCAUGGAGGGGGACUCCCUUAGGGGCAGGCUCCCUCCUCUUGGUCCCCCCUCUCUGCCUCUGCUCCCAAGGGCCCCUCCUCUGUCCCACCUGUCCUUUGCUCUGUCCUCCUCCACUGGCUGCCUUUUUCAGCCUUCCUUCCCCUCCCGGCUUCCCCACUCUGUCAUCCUGGCUUGUCCUUUUUCCUUGUUUUGCCCUCCUGGCUUUGGGUUCAGGAUCCUUUUACUUGUUCACACCUCUGAGCCUCCCUGUGGUUGUGUCUCGCAGCCUCCUGGCCUGCCAGCUCCCCAUCCAUCCCCUGCCUGCAGUCUCCUCCAGGCCCCCUGCCUUCCCUGUCCCGGUGCUCCCAGUUCUCCCGCCCUCGGGAGCCUCCUCCCUUGGGAGAAGUCCGGGCUCAGACUCCUCCCUGGCCCCUCCCCCUGCCUGCUCACCUUUAAUUGAGAUGCUAAUGAGCCUCCCGUCGCUUCCAUCCUAGUCGGGCGGGCGGGCUCCCUGGCCAGGCUGCUGCACCUGUCAGGCUCAUGAAGGGGGACAAGCUCGAGGAGCAAGACCCUUGCCCCCACCAGCCCAUCCAAGGGCUCAUGAAGGGGGACAAGCUCGAGGAGCAAGACCCUUGCCCCCACCAGCCCAUCCAAGGGCUCACGAAGGGGGACAAGCUUGAGGAACAGGGACUGGGUCCCGAACCCACGGCCCCCCAGCAGCCCACGGAGGAGGAGGAGGCCCUGAUCGAGUUCCACCGCUCCUACCGAGAGCUCUUCCAGUUCUUCUGCAACAACACUACCAUCCAUGGUGCCAUCCGCCUGGUGUGCUCCCAGCACAACCGCAUGAAGACUGCCUUCUGGGCAGUGCUGUGGCUGUGCACCUUCGGCAUGAUGUACUGGCAGUUCGGCCUGCUUUUUGGGGAGUACUUCAGCUACCCCGUCAGCCUCAACAUCAACCUCGACUCUGACAAGCUCGUCUUCCCCGCCGUUACCGUCUGCACCCUCAACCCUUACAGGUACACCGAAAUUAAAGGGGAGCUGGAGGAGCUGGACCGCAUCACAGAGCAGACACUCUUCGACCUGUACAAGUACAAGUCCCCCAACACCGCCGUGGCCCGCCCCCGCGGCCGGCGCGACCUGCGGGAGACUCUGCCGCACCCCUUGCAGCGCCUGCGGGCGCCGCCCCCGCCUCUCCGGGCCCGCCGAGCGCGCAGCGCGGCCUCCGGCAUGCGGGACAACAGCCCCCAAGUCGACUGGAAGGACUGGAAGAUCGGCUUCCAGCUGUGCAACCAGAACAAAUCCGACUGCUUCUACCAGACCUACUCGUCAGGGGUGGACGCGGUGAGGGAGUGGUACCGCUUCCACUACAUCAACAUUCUGUCCAGACUGUCCGAUACCUCGCCACCCCUGGAGGAGGACCUGCUGGGCAACUUCAUCUUUGCCUGCCGCUUCAACCAGGCGUCCUGCAACCAAGCCAGUGUGCCUCUCUUCCUCUUCUGUGGUGUGGGGACGAGGCUCUCCCAGGCUGUCGUUGGAGUGACUGAGGGAACAUGGGUGAAGCUCCCAGCAUGUGCCACACACAGCAGGAAUUACUCUCAUUUCCACCACCCGGUGUACGGGAACUGCUACACUUUCAACGACAAGAACAACUCCAACCUCUGGAUGUCCUCCAUGCCUGGGAUCAACAACGGUCUGUCCCUGAUGCUGCGCACAGAGCAGAAUGACUUCAUUCCCCUGCUGUCCACGGUGACUGGGGCCAGGGUGAUGGUGCACGGGCAGGAUGAGCCUGCCUUUAUGGACGAUGGUGGCUUUAACGUGCGGCCUGGCGUGGAGACCUCCAUCAGCAUGAGGAAGGAAGCCUUGGACAGACUUGGGGGCAAUUAUGGUGACUGCACCAAGAACGGCAGUGACGUCCCUGUCAAGAACCUUUACCAUUCUAAGUACACGCAGCAGGUGUGCAUCCACUCCUGCUUCCAGGAGAGCAUGAUCGCGCGGUGCGGCUGCGCCUACAUCUUCUACCCGCGGCCCCGGGAUGUGGAGUACUGCGACUACAGGAAGCACAAUUCCUGGGGCUACUGCUACUAUAAGCUUCAGGUUGACUUCUCCUCAGACCGCCUGGGCUGUUUCACCAAGUGUCGGAAGCCAUGCAGUGUGACCAGCUACCAACUCUCUGCUGGUUACUCACGGUGGCCCUCGGUGACAUCCCAGGAAUGGGUCUUCCAGAUGCUAUCCCGACAGAACAAUUACACCAUCAACAACAAAAGAGAUGGAGUUGCCAAACUCAACAUCUUCUUCAAGGAGCUGAAAUACAAAACCAAUUCUGAGUCUCCCUCUGUCACGAUGGUCACCCUCCUGUCCAACCUGGGCAGCCAGUGGAGCCUGUGGUUUGGCUCCUCGGUGCUGUCUGUGGUGGAAAUGGCCGAGCUCAUCUUCGACCUCCUGGGCAUCACGUCCCUCAUGCUGCUCCGGAGGUUCCGAAGCCGAUACUGGUCUCCAGGCCGAGGGCGCAGGGGUGCUCGGGAGGUGGCCUCCUCUCCACCCUCCUCCUUCCCCUCCCGCUUCUGCCCCCACCCCACGUCCCCGGCCGCGUCCCAGCCCAGCCCUGCUCCCAUACCCGCCUUGGCAGCCCCUCCGCCUGCCUACGCCUCCCUGGGCCCCUGCCUGUCCCCAGGGGGCUCAGGCUCUGCAGCGCCCGGCUCCCCGGCCUGUCCCCUGGGGGAGCCCUGAGAGGGGACAGUGCUCCUCCCUCCAAGGCAGGCAGGCUGAAAGAUGUUAGGGACUUCCUCUCAGAGCCACCACUGCCUUCGGUGUGGGAGGGAAGCAGGAUGCGUGAGGGGCUCCGGAAGUUGCCCAGAGGACAGUGGCCAAUGGAGCUGCCCUGAAUCUGCUUGGCUCCUGCCCACCCCUUGGUCCUGUCUCCGAACACUCUGAUUUCCCCACCCAAGUGCAGACGAGUCUCCUUUUCCCUUGGAUCAGCCAAGCCAAACUUGGAACUUUGACAAGGAACUUUCCUAGGAAACGACCGAUGACCUGAGCAAAACACAAACAAGGAUACACAAAGGCAUGCGCAGGUUUCCUACCCAACGGUGGCUAACGCCAGCCCCAGAUUGGCCUGGACACACUGCUUUCCAAUGACACAGAUGUCUGCUCCUCUUCUUGAACUUGGGUGGGGAACCCCACCCAAAAGCCCCCUUUGUUGGUUCUUGGGCAAUUCCCCUUCCCUCACUCCCCAGCGCCAGGGCUGGAGCAGACCAAUGUAGUAAAGGCUUGGCCAUUCUCAGUCGGUCCCAGGAUUCCUCUAGCCUUGUACCCCAUCCCCCUACAGAGCCAUACCCUAGCGCCUCUGCUCUAUGGUAUGCUCAAGCUAUUUCUUCACCAUGGAAGCUUCCCAGCUAUCUGCUGGAGAACUCCUAUGCAUCCCUCAGAACCCUGCCCAGACACCAUAACUUUUGUGAAGGCUUCUGCCCCAGAAUUAAUCACUCUCCUCUUCCCUGGGCUCCCAUAGCACACCACAUAACAUAUAUGGGAGUGGUGAUGUCACAUUAUACUUUCUUGUUCAUUUGUGUCUGCCUCCCCACCUAGACUGUGAGCUCCUUGUGGUCAGGGCCUGAGUCUUGUUCAUUCAUGUAUGCUCCAGGUCUAGCCUAGCAUCUUGCUUGGAGCAAGUAGGCAGGUGUUCAAUAAAUGUUUGUUGCACAAAAGCAUGUCUGGAGAGCUGGGAGGGAUAUGGUGAGGGGAUGCACGUCCCUGAGUCACUGCCCAAGCUGCUAGGAGGUCCUGGACUGGGGAGAGGGGAUAGACUCCCAUGCCCCUGGGGUUCCCUGUGGAAGUGAUCAUGCUUCAGGGGCCUUAGAAGACAUGGAAUGGUCCUGCAAGGUCCCCUAUUUGCGUCUCUGAGCAUCUACUCUGUGUCUGUCACCAUAGUAGGGUGGAAGGGGUAAGGUAGUGCCCUCCUCUCGGGGGACCUAUCUUGUAGUGUUGGGGAGACUUGCCUUCUCCCGUGUCUGAACCUUCUUUUCCUUCCCAACUUUAGUUACCAUCAUCAUUUUUAUUUUUAUUUUUUGAGA